AUGAAAACGGUGUCAGAAUCUCAGGAAUAUUUGGUUGGAGAAAGCAAAGAUGAAUUUGGAAGUGUACCGGUGUCAAGUGACCCUUUGGAUAGGCCAUUGUCUUCGAUUGAGAAGACUUUUCUUCUUCAUGCAGAGAGAGGGGACUGUGCUACUGUAUCGAGGAUAAUAGAAGAAUACAAAAAUAACCUUGCAGAAUUUGAUAUAAACUGUGUUGAUCCUUUAAACAGAUCCGCACUAAUAGCAGCCAUUGAAAAUGAAAAUAUUGACUUAAUUAAGUUACUCCUAGAGAAAAACAUCAACGUAAAAGAUGGUGUGCUACAUGCCAUCAAAGAAGAAUAUGUUGAGGCUGUCGAAGUUUUACUAAACUGGGAGGAAGAGAAACAUACAGAAGGAGAGCCAUACAGUUGGGAAACGGUCGAUCGAGCCUCGGCGUCGUUUACAGCAGACAUUACUCCACUUAUUUUGGCAGCACAUAAAAACAAUUAUGAAAUUAUUAAACUUCUUUUGGAUCGAGGAGCAACUUUACCUAUGCCUCAUGACGUUAGAUGUGGAUGCGAUGAAUGUGUAUGGUCUAGUAAAGAAGAUUCCCUGAGGCACUCACAAGCAAGAAUAAACGCUUAUAAGGCCUUAUCUUCCCCUUCGCUAAUUUCUCUGUCUUCAAGCGAUCCUGUUCUAACCGCCUUUGAGUUAUCAUGGGAUCUAAGAAGACUGAGUAGGAUGGAGACGGAAUUUAGAGCGGAAUAUAAUAUUAUGAGGAAGCAAGUGCAAACGUUUGCCACUUCUUUGCUGGAUCAUGCUAGAACGUCAUACGAAUUGGAGAUAAUGCUGAAUUAUGAACCUACAGGAGAGGCUUGGGUAAUAGGAGAAAGGCAAACUUUGGAGAGACUAAAAUUAGCUAUAAAAUAUAAGCAAAAGGCAUUUAUCGCGCAUCCCAAUGUUCAGCAACUUUUGGCCACGAUUUGGUACGAGGGACUUCCGGGAUUCAGAAGAAAACGCAUAAUUGGCCAGUGUCUUCAAGUAGUUAGGCUGGGUAUAAUGUUUCCGAUGUACUGCACCAUCUACAUGCUAGCGCCCAAGUCAAAGAUGGGAAUGUUUAUGAAAAAGCCUUUCGUUAAAUUUAUUUGCCAUUCUUCCUCAUACGCCCUGUUUCUAACUUUACUUGGUGCGGCAUCUCAAAGGGUCGAAAUAUUAUUUUUGGAGUGGUUUGGCACCAGUUGGGUUCAAGAUAUGGUGAAGGAAUGGAAGAGAAAGGAAAGAGGCGCACUUUUUGGCAUAGCAGAAUGUGGAGUAAUAGUAUAUGUAAUCAGUUUGAUUUGGAGCGAAAUAAGAGCACUUUGGUGCGAUGGUAUAUUCGAGUACGUUUCGGAUUUAUGGAACAUUGUGGAUUUUAUAACGAAUUUCUUCUACGUCAUGUGGCUUGCUUUAAGAUUGUCGACAUUUUAUAUAACUUGGAGAGACGAAAUGCUUGGAAAACAUACCUGGUACCCAAGAGAGGAAUGGGACACUUUUGAACCCAUGUUAUUAGCAGAAGGAGCCUUUGCUGCUGGAAUGAUAUUUAGCUUUCUGAAACUAGUCCACAUAUUCAGCGUAAAUCCUCACUUAGGACCACUUCAGAUAUCGCUUGGAAGAAUGAUUAUCGACAUCGUCAAGUUUUUCUUUAUUUACACACUUGUUCUGUUUGCCUUUGGAUGCGGCCUCAAUCAAUUGUUGUGGUAUUACGCUGAAUUAGAAAAAAACAAGUGUUAUCAUUUGCCUAGUGGACUGCCCGAUUAUGAUAAUAAUGACAAAGCAUGUACCAUCUGGAGGAGAUAUGCCAAUUUGUUUGAAACCUCGCAAUCGCUGUUUUGGGCAAGUUUUGGGUUAGUGGAUCUGAUGUCUUUCGAACUAACAGGUAUCAAAGGUUUCACGAGGUUUUGGGCUCUUCUCAUGUUUGGAUCAUAUUCAGUCAUAAACAUAAUUGUCCUUCUGAAUAUGCUGAUUGCCAUGAUGUCAAAUUCGUAUCAAAUCAUUUCCGAAAGGUCAGAUACUGAAUGGAAAUUUGCACGAAGUAGGCUUUGGGUGAAUUACUUUGAAGAUGGCGACACCCUUCCCCCGCCAUUCAAUAUCAUGCCUAGACCAAAACUAUUUUUAAAACUAUUCGGAUGUGGUCAAGACAGGAACAAUACAAAAAGCUUUAAGGAAAAGUCAAGAGAGAAAGCCAGAGAACGCUAUGAAACUGUCAUGAAGUUACUUGUCAGGAGGUACAUUACAUCGGAACAAAGAAAGCGAGAUGAAUUUGGAAUUAGCGAAGAUGACGUUAAGGAAAUAAGGCAAGACAUAUCUACCUUACGCUACGAGUUGAUAGAUAUUUUACAUAAAAACGGCAUGAAGACCCCCAAAAUUAAAUUUCAAGACGUUCAAGUCUCUGGCAAAAAGGGAAAGGUAAUGGAACGACGGCUGUUAAAAGAUUUCCACAUAGGAAUAGUUGAAGGUUUAGUGCAAGAAAUGUCUAUUCAUAGUGAUGAACCGAAAAAUGUAUUUGGUCACAUAGCCAAAGUAAUUGGCAGACGAGCAACGUUUAGAGCUAAGAAAAAGGACUGGAACGCUUUGGUGCGGAGGAACACGCUAGUCAGCGAUCCUAUAGGCUCAGCUCAGGAACUGGAGUUUGUCAAGAAGAAGAGACAAAGUUUGAGGAAGUAUAUUCUAAGUAAUACGAAACCUGCUGUAAAACUAGACGAUCAAAAGUUGAUAGAGUAUAACCCAAGAUUAGCUGAAGUUCCGAAAACGGCCAGACAAGCCUAUGCCAAAUUUAUGUUGAAGAAAAUAGCAAGUGAAUACAACUCAGAGGAACCUCUCGAGUUAGAAGUCCGAAAACCAUCUGUCAGUUUUUCAGGUUUCGCGGACGAACCGACAGAGAGUCGUAGUUUCGGUGGUAGCCCGAAGUCCACACGGGAGGCUCUGAUGUACGAAAGCGACGACGGUUUUAUGACACGGGACACACCGGAAAAAUGUAUGCCGUUUCUUGAGGCAAAUAAUGCAGUAUCUGUUGCCGGUCAGUGUGAACCAAACCCAGUGGCAGUAGCGAUCCUCCAGCAGCAACCGAAUGACAGGGGCAGUGACGAAGAGAAACUCGAACCACCACUUAGCGAUUCCGCCACAUCCACGUGUAUGAACGAUAAUAAAACCGAAGAGGAUACAAACAACGUGCUUGUAGAAAGAGAGCCUGACACAGAGAGUAAUUUAUCAGAUAAAAAUAACGAUCCACUUUCCGCGGGAUCUAAAUUGACAGGGAAAACUAGAAAUGAGUGGAUUUAA